GGGCGCGCGGGGCGGAGGCGCGGCGCCACCAAUCGCAGACAAAGGCCGCCCCGUGAAUCAUGUGGUGCCGGGAGGAAGUCGGCUUGUUGUCUUUCCUCCAGCUGCUGGUCCGGGCGGAACGAUGCGCGGAGACCCCUGCGAGGGUGGCGAGCCCCGAUGAAGUCCGAGCCCCCGGCCGCGCCGCAGCGCCCCCGGCCCAAUGGCGGCCCCGCGCUGGGACCCCCUCCGCAACGACUCGCUGCCGCCCACGCUGACCCCGGCCGUGCCCCCCUACGUGAAGCUCGGCCUCACCAGCGUCUACACCGCGUUCUACUCGCUGCUGUUCGUGUUCAUCUACGCGCAGCUGUGGCUGGUGCUGCGCUAUGGCCACAAGCGGCUCAGCUACCAGAGCGUCUUCCUCUUCCUCUGCCUCCUCUGGGCCUCCCUGCGGACGGUCCUCUUCUCCUUCUACUUCAGAGACUUCGUGGCAGCCAACGCGCUCAGCCCCUUCGUCUUCUGGCUGCUCUACUGCUUCCCGGUGUGCCUCCAGUUCUUCACCCUCACCCUCAUGAACUUGUACUUCACGCAGGUAAUGCCCUCCCAUUCUCAAGAGGCGAAGAACAGUGAGGGCUGGACGCCACCU